AUGGGGAAAACCCAUCUCGUUGACAGCAAGUAUGAUUUGGCCAAGUGCCAGAUGUACAACGAGAAGAACUCUUUCGCCUUCUGGAUUGUAAUCAUCCUGCUUUUUUCGCUGGCCCUGGGAAAUCUUUGUCUGACUUUAGCCAUAACAGGCAUACUAAAGAUCUACAAAGGCAUGGAAAAUAUCGAACUGAUCCAGAAUGAGGAUACGGUAAAGUUUUUCGGUAAUAUCGAUUUCGAUCGGAUCUAUAAGCAGGAUGGAAAAUUGGAGAGUUUUCAUGAGGAACCGAUGGUGAUAACAGGUGAAAAUGGACCAGUAUCAGUCAAUUUGGUCAAUCGAAACGGUCAUUCACAUAACAAAAUUCACCUUUCGAAAAAUGGCAGUGUUCUGAAGGGUGUCAAUCACAUGGAAGUGAAGGAUGCUCUCUCAGGACGGACGGUUUUCUCGACGUCGCGACCUACCUACAAUAUGCCCCAGGGAACCACCAUCCUACACACCAAUCAAGUUAAUGCCGGAAGAAUCGCUUCUCCCAUCAACGACACGCUAAAAUUUCAGACCCGCAAUAAAUUUACACUGAAAGGCACCGAAGGGACCCGCCUGGAGUCCGAGGAAAUCAUUUGGACUGCGGAUCAGAAUGUAUUUCUUAAGUCGGACAAUGGCAGUAUGGUUAUCGUUGGGGCAAACGGGGUUUAUAUAAAUGUUAACAGUAUUCCGAUUGUACAGAGCGAUCAUGGACUGCGAACUGGCAACAAUCAGUAUAAACUAUGCGUUUGUUAUCCUCAGGGAAAACUGUUUCGAGUACAGGUUCCAAAAUCGCACAACGUAAGGGCAAGCUGUACUUAUUUUAACAGCUGGAAUGAUCCAUGUGCUAAUUAAAGUGAAAAGGUUAUUUGUUUUGAGUUUUCAGCUAAAGAAAUGAAAUACGCAAUUGUCUUUAUAUAAACCACCAAAAAUAAGGCCAUAAAUUCAUGCAAAAUAGUUUCUAUUACAAUCUAGUGUUAAGCAUAAUAGAAACAGUUUGAAUAACUGCCAGUUGAAUAAUUAAUAUCCAUCAUGGAUAUAAACUUAUACCAAAUAAGCUCUUUGCCGUAACGUUACUACAUUAAAGUUUUUUUUGUUUAUAAUUCAUUAGCAAUUCAUAAUGUAUUGAAAAUACAAUACCAAAAU